AUGAAACAGACUUUCUUCGAAAUGCUGGGCAACUGGAGCUUCGGUGAUUAUUUCAAAAAGGAAGCAAUUUGCUAUACUUGGGAACUCCUGAUAAAGGUAUAUGGCUUGGAUCCUGACCGCUUGUACGUGACCUACUUCGAGGGUAACGAAGCUGGCGGGCUAGACCCAGACCUGGAAUCGAAGGAAUUGUGGCGCUCUGUCGGAGUCCGCGAUGACCAUAUCCUGCCUGGAAACAUGAAGGACAACUUCUGGGAAAUGGGUGACCAAGGCCCUUGUGGACCAUGCAGUGAGAUCCAUUACGAUCGGGUGGGCGGACGAAAUGCCGCCUAUCUUGUCAAUCAAGAUGACCCGGACGUGCUUGAAAUCUGGAAUAAUGUUUUCAUCCAGUACAACCGUGAGCCUGAUCGGUCUUUGAGGCCCCUUCCGAACAAGCAUGUCGACACAGGAAUGGGAUUCGAAAGACUCGUGUCAGUACUUCAGGAUAAAUCGUCAAACUACGACACCGAUGUUUUCUCUCCCCUGUUCCAGGCUAUUCGUGACAUAACCGGAGCUCGGGAGUAUCGAGGAUUGUUUGGCACAGAUGAUCCUGAUGGUAUUGAUACGGCCUAUCGAGUAGUAGCAGACCAUGUCCGAACCCUAUCAUUUGCGAUUGCAGACGGUGUGACACCAAACAACGAAGGUCGUGGAUACGUCGUACGUCGUAUACUGCGCAGAGGUGCUCGCUAUGCCCGGAAAUACUUCAGUGUUGAAAUUGGAAAUUUCUUUUCCCGAAUUGUACCCACUGCAGUCAACCAGCUGGGCGAGAUGUUUCCUGAACUGAGAAAGAAACAAAAUGAUGUCAUGGAGAUACUGGAUGAAGAAGAAAUUUCCUUUGCGAAGACGCUUGACCGUGGCGAGCGACAGUUCGAACAUUAUGCCCAGCAAGCUAAAGUGAAAGGCGUUGACAAACUUCAUGGCGCCGAUGUUUGGAGAUUGUACGACACGUUUGGAUUCCCUGUCGAUUUGACUCGGCUGAUGGCCGAAGAAAGAGGGCUACAGAUAGACGACCUAGAAUUCGAGGAAGCGCGCCUGAAGGCCAGGGAAGCAAGCAAGGGUCAAAAGAAAUCUGCGUCAGAUGCCGUUAAGCUUGAUGUCCAUGAUCUGGGAAAGUUGGAGAAAAUGCCCGACGUCCAGAAGACAGAUGAUUCCGCCAAGUUUGAAAAAGGCAAUAUUAUUGCCCAGGUCAAGGCGAUUUAUCAUGGUAAACUGUUUCAUUCGUCGACCGAAGACAUACCUGACGGAGAACAACUCGGGGUUAUUCUUGAUCGCACCAACUUCUAUGCCGAGCAGGGUGGCCAGGAAAAUGACACAGGCAAAAUAAUAAUUGAUGGAAAAGCAGAGCUCGAAGUUGGCGAUGUUCAGCUGUACGCUGGCUACGUUCUCCACACGGGUUUCAUCAAAUAUGGUUCGUUCGCCGUUGGCAACGAGGUCAUUUGCGAAUACGACGAAUUAAGACGAUGGCCGAUCAGGAACAACCAUACAGGGACACAUAUCCUUAACUUUGCUUUAAGAGCAGUCCUUGGUGAUGGUGUUGAACAGAAAGGCUCUUUGGUUGCCGCUGAAAAAAUGAGGUUUGAUUUCUCGCAUAAAUCAGCUAUAUCAGAUAAGGAGUUGGAAAAGAUCGAGGAAAGAUCCACUGAAUAUAUUCGACAGAAUUGUGCUGUAUAUGCGAAAGAGGUUCCUCUUGCAACUGCACGGCAAAUAUCGGGUGUCCGAGCAGUCUUUGGGGAGACAUACCCUGACCCUGUCCGCGUGGUUUCCGUCGGAGUAGAGGUGGAAGAACUACUCGAUAAUAUUAAGGACCCACGUUGGGAGGAGGUUAGCAUCGAAUUUUGCGGUGGUACCCACGCUCAGAAAACAGGCGAUAUCAAGGACCUGGUUGUUUUGGAAGAGAGCGGCAUCGCCAAAGGCAUUCGCAGAAUCAUCGCCGUUACUGGGGAGGAUGCUCAUGAAGUACAAAGGGUGGCAAAGAGCUUUGAGGGACGCCUUGAUCGUUUGGAGGCGAUGCCUUUGGGUCCCAUGAAGGAGCAAGAGGCAAAACAGAUCCAGGUAGAGCUUAAUCAGCUCUCAAUAUCCGCUGUCCAGAAAUCGAGACUCCGGGAACGCUUUGCGAAGUUGAACAAGCAGGUUGUUGAUGGACAGAAGGCGCAACAAAAACUUGAGGCCAAGAAGGCACUUGAGACGAUAAUCACCUACUUUCAAGAGCCUGAAAACCAAGACAAAUCUUGGCUUGUUGCCAACCUGCCAAUAUCAGCGAAUGGAAAGGCUGUUAGCGAAUCACUCAACUACGUCAAGUCGAAACUACAGGGCAAGACGAUCUAUCUUUUGGCAGCAGAUCCCCAACAAGGACGUGUUGCUCACGGCUGCCAUGUAUCCAAGGAGAUGAGUGAUAAAGGUGCUUCUGCAAAUGACUGGUCAGCUGUUGUUUCGAAUGUCGUGGGAGGAAAAGCUGGUGGAAAGGGAUCCACCUCGAUUGGAAAUGGUGUUAACCCUGACAAAGUCGAUGAGGCCGUUGCGCUGGCGUCUGCUUAUUUGAGCAAAUUUCAGUUAUAG